AUGAAGAUGUUUCUUACAAAGUUGGCAAAGAUGUACUUCAAGCCAUACAGCAUGCUUCGUUAUGCUCCAUAUCUCUUGAUCAUCCCGGCCGUUGUCUUUCAUGCCAUGUCCCUGACAGGAUGCGUGUCGACAUCCCCGGCAAUCCCCAACAUUUACGUUGUGGCCCUGCGCUCCAACAACAACACAACCGACACUCCCAUUCAGGUUCGCAUCGGCUACUUCGGAAUCUGCGGCAUUGACGAGGACGGCACCCGCUGCCAGGCUGCCUCGGGCCGUUCCGUCGAAACUCUGGCCGCAAACUUGUUCCCCGAGCUUCAGAGCCGCAACUCCUCGUCUAACAGCACCGCUUCUGCCCGCCGUGACGAAAUCAUCGACCUCGUCACCACGGCGCUCGACCUACAAACUCGCACCUUCAUUUCCGUCCUCGCUGGUGCCGCUGUGCUCUUCACGCUGGGCAUUGCCGCUCUGAUCCUCCUCAAGCGCGACGUCCGGAGUCCGUCCAGCUGGGAGCACCCUAUUCGGAGCACUGUUAUCCGACGCGUCACCUACGGCAUGCUUUUUGGGUCGACGGGGCUCGUGUUUGCGGCCAGCCUUGCUACGAGCCAAUCUGCCGGGGCUUUGGAGUACGCCUCUGCCGGCAUGAGCCACGCCUCGGUGCUGAUCAAGUCGGGGACCACGCUGCAGGUCCUGCAGUGGAUUACUUUUGGUUUUCAAGUGUUGUUUGCACUAUCAGUGCCAUGCCUAGUGAGCUACAAGUCACCAGCGGAGGAGGAGUAUAAGGCGGAGGUGUGA